AUGGUUCUCUAUAACAAUGCUGGAGAGAAACUUACUGAUGGUGAGAAGAUAACAUCUGAACUUAUUUCUUUUUACAAAAAUCUCAUGGGAUCAGCAACAGAUACUGUCAAACCAGACAUGAAUAUUAUCAGUAAUGGCCCUUGUUUAAAUGCAUCACAAGAAAAAUACCUCUCAGAUCCAGUUAUCAGAGAUGAAAUUAAAGAAGCUUUGUUCUCAAUCCCUGGCAACAAAGCCCGUAGUCCUGAUGGGUAUAGUAUGUCUUUCUUCAAAUCAGCUUGGGGUAUUAUUGGGGAAGAGAUUUCUCUUGCCAUUGAGGACUUUUUCAAAACUGGUAAAUUGUUGGGUGAGAUUAACUCUACAUCCAUCACAUUGAUUCCUAAAGUGCAGUGUCCUAGAACUCCAUCAGAUUUUAGACCAAUAGCAUGUUACAAUUGUCUCUAUAAAUUCCUUUCAAAAAAUUUAACAAAUAGGAUGAAAUCACUGAUGGGGACACUAGUGAAUGAGGCUCAAAGUGCUUUUAUUAAAGGGAGACAAAUAACAAGUAAUAUUCUCCUUGCUCAUGAGCUUGUCAAGAAUUACAGCGGGAAGCAUAUUUCUCUAAGAGUUAUGCUUAACAUAGAUAUCAAAAAAGCAUUUGACACAAUCAACUGGGAUUUCCUCAAAGAUAUGCUCGUUGGUCUGGGGUUUCCUGAAGCUAUGAUAAACUGGAUAAUGGCUUGUAUUACCUCCCCUAAGUAUUCCAUUGCUCUAAAUAGAUCUUUACAUGGCUAUUUCAAAGGCAAAAGGGGUCUGAGAGACUUCAGUGCAGUUUCAAGCCUUGAAGCAAAUUCAAGCAAACGCUUAGUUUUUUUGGAGGAGUAG